AUGCAGCAUGGAUCCACUACAGUUGAGACACCCAAAGACAACGACUCUGAUGGGCUAUCAGUGUGGGAACGGUUUCGGAGUCAGUUUACCAUGAGACCGCCUGAAGAUGAUGAACCACAGUCAUGGUGGGUAGCAUCGACGGCUAUUCCCCUGGUAGCUGCUGCAACAGGGCCACUUGCCAAUGUCAUGUCAAUUGUGGCACUGGUUAUGCCAUGGCGAAGCAAGAUCAUCACGAUGAAUGAGGGUCCUGCUGGAACUUUCGUCCAAGAAGGAUAUCCGGAUCCUCACUGGAUCACUGCUUUGAAUGCAAUUUCGCUUGUCUGCGGGAUCGUGGGCAAUGCCUUUCUUCUCUUCAACUUCACCCAGGUCGUGCGCUAUAUUAUAGCUUUGCCGGUGACUAUCAUCUUGUGGUUCAGUGCCACUGGUAUUCUAUGCGGCGUUACCCUUGCUACCAAUAUCUAUGCACCACCGAUAGGCCCAGAUCGCUUGUACUCUGAGGCAUACUGGAGUGCCGUCAUUGCAGCAAUUUUAUACUUUGUCUUGAGUUCCAUCCUCAUGAUCAACAUGCUGGGCUACUUUCUGGGCAAAUACCCGCAGCAUUUCUCAUUGACUGACGAGCAGCGAACCUUGAUCUUACAGAUGAGUGCAUUGGGAUGUUGGCUUUUAAUCGGCGCUGCCAUUUUCCAGCAAGCGAUAGGAAUCUCUUUCGCGGAUGCAUUGUACUUCUGCGAUGUCACCAUCCUCACAUUGGGAUUUGGUGAUAUAACUGCCACUAGCUCUGUUGCCCGCGGCGUUCUCUGGCCGUAUGCAGUCAUUGGGGUCAUCAUUGUCGGUCUGAUUGUGGGGAGCAUUCACAAAUUCGCACGCGAGGUUCACUACGAUAACGUCGUUCGGAAACACAUUGAACAUAAACGGCACUCUACUUUCCAGCGAUCAAUCAGCCGUGACGAGUUCAGAUCCGGGAAACGCCCGAGCAGCGAAGGCGAGAUCAGUGCUCCUACUCUCGCUCACCAAACAGACACAUCAGCCAGGCGCCAUGGACCAUUUCGCAACACCAUCGAUGCAAUUACCCCAAAUCGUCGUCGACCCAGACUUCUUGUCAUGCGUGAAGAAAAAGACCGGUUUGAUGCUAUGCGUCGCAUCCAGCAUGAUACCAUGCGCUUCCGUCGCUGGAAUAAUUUGAUCCUCAGCAUCAUUGCGUUCGGAAUCGUGUGGUCCUGCGGAGCAGUAGUGUUUUGGCAAUUAGAGCCCAUGACCUACUUCGAAUCGCUCUACUUUUGCUUCUGCUGCCUGCUGACCAUCGGCUACGGAGACUUCACACCGCAGUCCAACGCAUCCCGACCAUUCUUCGUACUAUGGUCUCUAAUCGCCAUUCCAACCAUGACGAUGCUAAUUUCCCAAAUGAGUGACACAGUCGUCGCCAGAUUCAAGCACGGCACCGAAGUAGUCGCCAACUACCUCAUCCUCCCUCAAUCGCACCUUUACAAGUCAUUCUUGGCACGGAUCCCCGGCCUCCCCCAGUUCAUACUUUCUCGCCAGAGCAAAAAGCGGGUCGAGCUUGGAUUUACACUCGAAGGCGCUGCUGCCGAUGCCAGUUCAGAUUCUGUGGAAUCUGGUCAGCCUCAUCACGAUGAUAGCUUAGCCGAGUCCCAUCCCCGCCAAACCCUCGAGGAACUUGCCCGCGAUCCGUCGUCCCUUGAGCUUGCGCAACAGCUUGCCUUUGCUAUUCGCCGCGUCACGAGACAUGCCCGGGAAAGUAAGCGGAAACACUACUCAUAUGAAGAGUGGGUCGAGUUUACCCGUCUCAUUCAGUUUACUGAUCCGCGGUCGAGGGAAUCGGCUUCACAAGGAGCGGCAAAUGAGGAAAGCCACGUCCAUAUAGAGGACGAGUAUGGGCUUGUCAAUUGGGAUUGGAUCGGAGAGAAUAGCCCCCUGGUUGCCAAACAGUCGGAACCGGAAUGGGUUCUGGAUCGGUUGUGUGAAAGCUUGGUUCGGUAUGUGUCGACUCAGGAGAGUCAGGCUGUUGGAGGGGCUGAAUCUGGGGAAGAGGUCACUCUUAGGAAAGAGAGGGAUAUUGGGUUGGACGAGUGA